GGUUUCAGGCCUGGUUGUGGCAGUGUCAAUGCAAUUAACGGGCCAUCAGUUCUGGGUGGAGCUGCCCCACAGGGCUGUCCCUUAACAAUAGCAAGAAUUCAACUCUGCUGAUACACACAUCUGGUGUCGCCGCAGAAUGGCUCUGGUCAGGGCACAAUGAGCGACCACAAGUACAUGGAGGCUGCCAAUGGCAGCGGCAGCAACAGCGACAGCGACAGCGAAGUCGAUCCGCUGCUAAUGCUGUCCAAUCUGGACGCCAUUGGGGCCAGCGUGGAGCUGCAGUGCCUGGUGCAGGAGCAUAUGGAUACAACGACCUACGGCAAUGCGAGCGACCACUGCCUCACGCAGUUCGACUCGAUCCUGUGCUGGCCACGAACGGCGCGCGGCACACUGGCCGUGCUGCAGUGCAUGGAUGAGCUGCAGGGCAUCCACUACGACAGCAGCAAGAACGCCACACGCUUCUGCCAUGCGAAUGGAACGUGGGAGAAGUACACGAACUACGAUGCCUGCGCCCAUCUGCCAGCCUCCCACUCGGUGACGGAGUUCGAGGUCAUCGUGGAGCUGCCAACCAUCAUUUACUACAUCGGCUAUGCCCUCAGCCUGGUCUCCCUCAGCCUGGCGCUGAUUGUUUUUGCUUACUUUAAGGAGCUGCGUUGCCUGCGCAACACCAUUCACGCCAAUUUGUUCUUUACGUACAUCAUGUCCGCUUUGUUCUGGAUACUGUUGCUAUCGGUGCAGAUCUCCAUUCGCAGCGGACAGGCGAGCUGCAUUGCUCUGGUCACGCUCUUUCACUUCUUUACGCUGACAAACUUCUUCUGGAUGCUGGUGGAGGGCCUCUAUCUGUACAUGCUGGUGGUGAACACCUUCUCCGGCGACAACAUACGCUUCAACAUCUACGCCUCCAUCGGCUGGGGUGGUCCUGCGCUGUUUGUCAUUGCCUGGCUGGUGGCCAAGUGCCUGACUGUCAGCUACAACAGCACCGAAAAGUACGACAUCAAUUGCCCCUGGAUGGAGGAGACGAAUGUCGAUUGGAUAUACCAGGGUCCCGUGUGUGCCGUGCUGCUCAUCAAUUUAACCUUUCUGCUGCGCAUCAUGUGGGUGCUCAUCACCAAACUGCGCUCCGCCAAUACCGUGGAGACGCGCCAGUACAGGAAGGCAGCCAAGGCGCUGCUGGUGCUCAUUCCGCUCUUUGGCAUCACCUAUCUGGUGGUGCUGGCCGGGCCCUCGGAGGUCGGUCUCAUGGGUCACAUGUUUGCCGUUCUGCGCGCCGUUCUGCUGAGCACACAGGGCUUCUCCGUAUCCUUGUUCUACUGUUUCCUCAACUCGGAGGUGCGCAAUGCGCUGCGGCAUCACAUCUCCACGUGGCGGGAUACGCGCGACAUCCAGCAGAGCCAGAGCCGACGGUACACCACGAAAAGUUUCUCCAAGGGCAACCACUCGCCGCGGGCCGAGAGCAUGCGGCCGCUGACCAGCUACUACGGACGCGGCAAGCGUGAGUCCUGCGUGAGUUCGGCCACCACGACGACACUGGUGGGCCAGCAUCCGCCCUGCCUCAGCCUGCACACUGGUGGCACACUCACGGCAACGGGCACGGGUACGGGCACGGGCACGGGCAGCUCCCUCAGUGUCAUGCCCCGUGCAAUCAGUCCACUGAUGAAGUUGCAGCAAGGACUCGAGGAGAACUCCGUUUAGAGGAUGAUUUUAGCAUUGGCAAGUGCAUCUUAAGAGACUGAACUUUCAUUGAAUUCCAUUUCCGAGGGCGGAGAGCAGAACCGCGAGCUAAAUGUCGUGUCUACACCUGAAAGCUAUCCAAUGAUACUCCAAUAGUAGCCAAAAUAUUUUCGUGUAACUGUUUCUGUAACAACAACCAAGCAACAACUGAAUAAACGGUCUAUUUACUUGAGUGUA